AUGUCCAUGGCACCCACGUCGAGAUCCAAAUUCUUCUCAUGGGGAUCCAAGAGCGGCCGGCAGCAACCGAACCAGGAAAUCUACUAUCGCACAGGAGGCCUCCUACAGAUCGAUACGACCAUUGGGAACGAAGACCAAUUCGUGCAAUGCGUAGACGUAGGCAACACCAAGGAUACAAUAUGGCGUCGAAAUCUAAAGAACCUUUCCAUCAUUCCGCCAAACUAUAUCACCGGUCAGAGUCCCAACUCAGCGAUCCAGCAUGACGUCCUGGUCAAAUCAGCACCUAAUCUACUCGCCGUCUUCAGUGACACUACUUUUCCUGCUACUUCAGGACUGAGCCCUACUACGUGCAUCAAAUCUAAAUACUCUGUUCCGCCAUCGCCAGCGCUACCAGCAGAGCUCCCAGGGUCCACCCCGCUUGACAUUCAGGUUUAUUCGGCUCCAGCAACUCCACCACCUGAACCUCAUGCAGAGUCGAUCCCCAGCAGUGCAGUGACUAGCGUCCGCAGCAUGUUUUCCCUGAGCUCGGGCAACGCUAAGACUGGCCCAUCAAAGGUGCCGCAACAUCGGAAAAGUGCAAAUGACUUGCAAAAACGAUCAAAGGCGCGACCUAGUUUGAUUGCUUCACCGUCCUCCACCGAUAGUAAAAUCACAACGUUGUCUACUUCAUCUAGUGACAACGCGAGUAGCGCUAAUUCAACGAAGACACGCAUAGGGCCUGAUACGAUAGUAGAAGGGAAGCAGUGGCACACUGUGGAAGAGGUCACCAUACAACCUACCGCAAGCAAACAAUCAUCAACGACGCGAACUAAACAAUUAGAUGAACUCAAGGCAACAGUCACAGCGCAAGAUCAGACAAUCUCAACAUUACAGUCGCAAUUCGCUAGUUUGCGGGCGUCCCACGAAGCUCAUGUCAAUAGCCUGGUCAAUGCGCACUCUGCAGAAGUCUCAGCGCUGAGAGACUACACAAAGUCGCUUGAAAGCCAACAGAAAAGCCUCCAUCAUGCAUCUAGUAAUCAUUUGUUGUUCAUGCUCGAUACUACGGAUAACCCGCUGUCGCCGAAGCGAGAAAGUCCAUUCUCUUCUGCCGGUAGCACACCUGCUAGCUCGAUCCGGUCAAUCAAGCCAUCACAAGAAAACCCACGCUCGCCCCUCCGAUCGCGAAACAAUGCCGAGAUGGAGAAUCUCAAGAAGAAGCUUAGCAUGGCAAGGAAGCCCGAUACUGGCAAUGGAGAUGCGGUGCGCGAGCUGAGUCUGUACAAGCAGAAUAACGAAGCCCUCCAAAAACAACUUGAAUCGCUCAUGAAGAAGCUCAAUCAGUCUGAAGAAGAAGGGCGAAAGCAGAGGCGUACGCUUGAAGAAACUCAGAAGGCUUGCAACGAGUGGCAAGAGAAGGCAAGCAAGGCUGAAGAGUUGAAGAAAAGCACUAUGGCAUUGCAAAAUACGAUUGACCAUCUCGAGUAUCGACUGGAGCUGGCUAAUGUUGAUAAGGUGGAUGCGGAGGAGCAACUGCUCAAUUUGCGAUCGCACAGGAUUCCCUUUGAUCCAAAGUCACCAAAGCUACAACUUCCAGAUAACCGACAGAGCACCCGCACCAGCAUGAGCACCGUGUUUGCCAACGAAUCUCCAAUUAGCCAAAGCGACCAAGAACCAACAACGCUGGCCGCCUUCAUCUCCCAUAUUGAGCGACUGCAAGAGCAGGUCCGCGUGAAAGACAUGCAAAUCGCCGAACUCGAUGCUGACAACAACCAACUAACCGUAAAAUACAAUAAGAUGCGGAGCGACGCACGAGGGUUGGUUCUUCAGUCCGACAUUCAUGAUCAGCUUCUCCAGAAGGCCAAGCAGAAUGAAAUUCACAUCGAGGAGCUGCGUAGCGCUAUCAUCACACGUGAGGCUAUGAUUGGCGAGAAGAGCAAGGUACUACAACAAACCGAACGACAAUUGAGUCAUCACAAACUUCUCCUGGAAGCCGAGAUUCGACGUCAUGCAAAUCUAUUGCUCCUUGCAGAUGCCGAAGGCAACCCACUACCUGAGCUCACAUCUCUGGCUUCCAAGGACGACAUCGACCGCUGGAUCGAACGACUCCAAAAGCAGCUGAAUAAGGACAAAGCGGAAAAGAUUGGCAGCAAAGCUGGCGAUGAAAGCACGAUUGAAGCUCUUCGCCGAGAGAACGACUUCUACAUAAGGGAGAUAAUAUACUAUAAGCUUGAUUGCAGGGGCUACAAGUCGGAUAUCAAGAAGCUCAAAAAAGAUCGCUGCGCAGAUGGGAGGUCACGAUAG